CUUCACUGAAGCACAUCCUGCGAAGCAUUGUAAUCUGUUGUUUGUGUUUACUCCUCACAUUUUGCAAUCUUUCUCACUCACUCACCCACUCGCCUGCUGCCGUCUUUCAUCCAUCAUUGAGAUCGGUUGAAGGUUCGAUUUUAAGAACCAGCGCGGCAUCAUCUCGUUGGAAGGCCGCGUCAUAAUGUUGCUCAAGCCAGGACGUUUCGAUCGAGGGUCGGUCUUCUAUCCAUGGUCAACAUCUCCCCCGGCCUGCUUCACUCGAGGAACACCGUACGAUGACGACGCCGACAUCCUGAUCCUCGAACACGGUGACAUUCGAGACUUCCUUUUCACCGCCUACACUGGUCCUGGGUCUAAAACACGAAAAUUAGAUUUUACCUGUUGCGAGGCCCGGAUUUGCGCCGUUGCAAGAUCUAUCGUCCUGCUCACUAUGAUCAUCGAUGACGACGGCUCGAAUCAAGAGACGAUAUGGCGCCUCCACUCCGAUAUGCUCAUCGAUCACAGCACGCUGUGCUUCCUCCAUAAGCAUAUGAAAAAGCUCCUGCCUCAAAUCGCAACCCUCGGCGUAUGGGACUCCGGAAAGUACGGGCGGACCCUCCGGUUCAGCGAUGCUCGGACGUGGGCGAAAGUCAAAGACUUUUUCGAGUUCUACGCCGUGACUCCGAAGAAGGCGGCAGCUUUUCAAUACCAACAGAAGCACCUGAAAGACCUCUGGGACAGGUACAGACGCGUCCAUGAUGCGGCGCCUUCGAGCCAACAUGAGCUCAUGGCGCAAGCCAAGAAUGCUGCGAAACCGGCCAUGAAACCAGGUUGGGCCCAUCAUUGUCUUGCCUUUGGCCGGUAUCGUGAGACGGGCACCUGUUACGACUGCCCUAAAAUCGCGGCGCGAGCAAACCGGGUUAAUCCAUUGCUCGCCACUCUCGACCGUGCGGAGCUCUGCUACGCUUCCGAGCCGUUCUCUGGAUCGCAUCUUGCCCCCGCCUUCACGAAAGUGGUAUUUCCCAGGGACCGCCUACCGAACCCUCCAGAAGCUAUUGACGGGUAUGCUAGGCAUGCAUAUGGUCAAUUCGAGCUAUAUUGCUAUUCAUUUCGGGAUGUUGCUGCCACCGGACGUUGGAAGAUUCGGUACGUCGUGGCGGACCCUAUCGCCUUAUGCCAUGUCCUGCAGCACCAUCGAGUCCACGGAGAGACUGAAACGGCCAACUGGUACGGUACCUCCCAGAGCUUCGAACCACUGCUUCUGGAUUCGCUCGAUUAUACCGCCGAAAACAGGGCUACCAAAGCACCGACCAUCUUCGAUAUCAUCGCGUGUGGCGAUAUGGGAGAUAUAGCUGGAAUCCUCAAUGUCCUUACGGCUUGCAGUCCGCUCUUGAAACUGAGGCUGACCAGUACCAUCUUCACGCGUACAUACUUUUGGAACACUCAAAGUCUCAAGAUUGGAUCUCAAGGCCCAUUGUGUGCGGACAUUGCCACGGUGGCGCUACUCCUCGGCUUGACUCCGAUGGAAUACUGGUACACGGGCACAUCAACGUCUAGCCAUGACAGUAUCCAGCUUGCUUUUAUGGACAUGAGCCACGGACAUCCCCCUCACAACAUCACGUGGAAGAGCACCAUGCUACCGGAAUGGAGAGCGAAGAAGGGCGAAGGCCUCUACAGUCUCUACUCCAAGGCCCACCUCUCGUUCGACGCUCGCGAGUUAGCGUCGUUCAUGUGGCGGCUAUACACCUCAAUGUUCGCCAGUGACAACUAUGAAGCCCUUAAACGCACAGCCUACGAUUGGGUCCAAUGUCGGCUGAUGCCCUCGUACACGCGCGGAGGAUUCGCGGCGCUCCUGAAACUGGUCCUCGCCAACGUUGAAGUGGACUACGACGAGUUCGUGGAUACUUUUGGAGACAUGAUGGCGGAAAGUCGGGAGGAUCCAUGGCUCGGGCCGUAUCUCGAGGCCUUGCCGAUGUACCUCACUUCUGCCGGUCUCUUUGGCUGGGAGGACUUCCUUCUCACUGAAGGCUAUGAGGACUUUCUCUCAGAGUCAUGCCUAAGAGGCUGGGAGAACCUCCCUACUCAGCUUUGUGUCACAUUCUACAUACCACCAAAACAUAUGAUGGACUUUACAAAACCACCAUGGGACGACGAUAUCGGACGUCCGGUUGUCCAAGUCAACUUCCAAACUCCCGAUCUGUGGUUCGCCAUGUACGAUGUACACUGGUCUUGGGGUGAGAUAUCGUCCCAGGGCCGGGAGCGAACCAAUAAACACCGGCUUUUCUUUAAAGAGGACAAGAAAGGAUGUGCCGGGCAGUCGCCUAUGGUAGUCACCGUUAUGGUGCCCACCUGGAUCCUAUUGCGGACGAAGGACCUAUCCGGAGAAGUCGAACUGGCGCUGCGGCAUGACUACAAUGUCGCAAAAAGAUUCGGAGAGAGACUCUCCAUGCAGGGUUGUUUGCCACUUUAUACGACCAUGCUCAGCAGCAAAAACGUGUUCAUCACCCAGGCUCCUCCUAACCUCGUCGGAAAUGCCUCGCUCAGCGCGAUCCCAGGACAGGAAUUUCAGGAUUCGCCGCUCACUCAGGAAAGUCGAGUCCACGAUGCCAAUAUACUCAUCCACGCCCACUUCAAUAAGACCCAGUCUCGGGUGUCGCGAAUGACCUUGCGGGUCACCUGUAACACCGAAGAGCUGAAACAGCAUCUACUAGAGCCAGCAGAUGCUCUCAAAGCAGCGUGCAUCGAACCGUUCACCGUCCAAGUGUUGAUCGGCCUUUUUCUGUUCUCCAUCACCCCUCCGAUGCCGUUGAAACCCUUCGCGGGUGUGACACGAGUCAAACGAAAAGCAGGAUACAUCGAAUACACGGGUCCGGUCAUGUCCCGCAAAUCGCUCGAUAGAUCCGUUGCCAAUGUUUGGGCAAUCGCCAUGUAUCCUUCCAGUCCUACCACGGGAAACCUGCACCACAUUGAGUUGGAUCGGAUGCCGACGAUUGACAUCGAUGAUGCCUGCAGGCGCGGUUGGAUAUUCGACUACAUCGGCUGCGUUCUCAAUAAUAAGGACAAAGAGGCGGUGACAGCCCCCGUCCCCUACGACUACAAUUUUCCAGUCCCAUACUCGCCAUUCAAACUGCGCAUUGCGCAGAUGAUCCUAGGGUAUGGAUGUCCGAUCAAGUCACGAAAGACUGUCUUCAUGAUCGCAGAACGGGAAAAUGAAUCAUCAGAGGACGUCAAACCCCAUUUUAUUAUCUUGCUCUCUUCGAUCAAGCUGGACCAGAUCGUCCAAGGCGUCGUUCUCGAUUGCGCGGUCAUUCCUCUCAGCGACGGGCUCCGAGCACUGCUGGCGCCGUUCAUGCAAACCUUGGUCUCGAGCAAAGGCGCGUACCAAGUGUUUCACGGGACGCGCAAGGAGAUCGCGCUUUGGCGGCGGGCACUGAUGUCCUUUGCCGAUCGAGCCCGCACCUGGCCACACAAAGCGACGUGCCGAUACCAGUCCUGUACGCCCCGCUACCACGGCAAGGACGGUCCGAUCUGCGCGUGUGGCACGGGCAUCUUCCCGUCUGACUAUCCGGUGGAGGCCGAGUUCGAGAAAUUCAUCCACGACCCGAAAUUCAACGACUUCGCGGUGCGCGUCGCGAUCCCGGUGUGCUUCCCCAACCCGCUGUUCGAAAAGACCUGGAAGUGCUACCACUUGAGCAACCAGGCGCAGGUCACGGAAACGGCGCAGAUGAUGACGCAGACCUUCGAUAUCAUGAUCCGAGGGGACCUCUGCCUAGCGUGUAGGGAGAAACCGGGUGGGAGGCCGUUGUUGAGAUGUUCGGGGUGCCACGUCGCGCAGUAUUGCUCGAAGGAGUGUCAGAGUAAGGAUUGGAAGAAGGUUCAUAAGAGGAUUUGUAAGGAGUUCGCCGAGGACCCUCCUUUUCAGAGGGCGGUUACCAGGACACGAAGGCGUUCUUCUCCUACCAACACGUCCGUUCCGGACCAUGUGAGGGUGGCGAAGUGGGGGGAGUAGGAAGGACUGGGAAAUCAAUGGAUGCUACGGAGCGAAUACAAAUGUGUACAAUAAUUUCAUAGUUGAAGAAUGCUAUUGGAGAACGUCAUGACA